CGCAAACUUGCAUUUCACUAGAGGGGAGGUGAGGGCAUGCCAUGAAGCUAACGCAUGAAGAUAAAAGUAAGAUUCAUUUUAACCAUGAGAACACGAUAAUAAAUUUAGCUGUGAUAAAAUACCGUGUAUGGUAUACCGUUAAAACAUUCGAGUUGUUUUCGUUGAUUUAAUCAUAGUUUGCCCGUGGUGGCAUGUCGAGAAGGCUUGGCUAGCUUAGUUGAUCUGUUUUUGCAGUCGUUCGCAAAUGUCAAACUGUUUGUUUAUCCAAUAAAUUACUCUUAAAGCGUUAAUAAUAUGAGAUGAAAAUACUAAAAAAAAAAUAUUUUGCUCGUGCAUUUCAGCUGUCGUUAACGUUAACGUACCUAAAUUGCAAGAUAAUAGCUAGUGCAUGUCCACUUGACAUUGGGUUGCGCUUAUUAUCUGUUCCCUAGAACCACAUGGGAAAUAAUUUGUAUAGUAAAUCAUUGCUUUUUUAGCUUUAACGUGCACUUCUAAGUCGAAUUAUAGAUAUAUUCGGUUCGUGGUUCUAGAAUGUUCUCAUCCGUCCAGCAUCGCCCUGUGUGUAACAUGGGGGCCACAGCUGUCCGACUGCAACGCUUUAGCACUUUUAAUCAAACUGGUGCGAUAAGUAGCAAAUCGUGGAGUUUCUCGUGGCUGGGUGAGCGCGCGGUCCUGCUGAUGUCAUGGCUCCAAAAAGCAGGAAGGGGAACGAACAAACUGGCCUCCGACAAUAAGAAAGAGAGACUAUUGUCUCUAUUCGCCAGCCACUGUAGUUUUGUGACAGGCCAGAGGCUGAGAAGGGCUCUUCAGAUAGGAGAGCUGUACUCAAACCUGUACUCGGAGAGAAGCAGGUGGACGCUCGUGGGCAGCAUAUGGCGGCGCCUGCAGAGCAAGCACGCUCCCGCGGGGAAGCUCAUCGCGGCUCUGGCUGGAGUCUUCAUGUGGGAAGAAGAGAAGAUCAGAGAUGAUGAGCUGAGAAGGUGUGCAUGGGAGCUGCAGGCCAUGGAGUCGGUGAGGAGCCAGAAUGUGACCCCAAAUAUACCCGCGUAUGUGGAUCCAGGCUGGGAGGUGGUCAUGGAGAAGAAAAACUUCAGAGUUUGGAGGAGACCUAUCGAGGGUAGCCAUCUUUUUGAAUACAGAGUGUUUGGUUCAUAUACAGACGUCACCCCCCGGCAGUUCUUCAAUGUCCAGUUGGACACAGAGUACAGAAAGAAGUGGGAUGCACUGGUUAUCAAACUGGAAGUGGUGGACAGGGAUGUCAACACAGGCACGGAGGUCAUUCAUUGGGCGACGCAUUUUCCAUAUCCUAUGUACUCCAGAGACUACGUCUAUGUGCGCCGAUAUCACAUCGAUGAGGAGAACAACUUAAUGAUGUUAGUCUCCAGAGCUGUUAAACACCCCAUUAUCCCAGAGACCCAGGAAUUCGUCCGAGUGCACUCUUACCAGUCUAAGUUGGUCAUCCGCCCACACAGGUCAUUUGAUGAGAAUGGCUUUGACUACCUGCUGACCUACAGUGACGAUCCCCAGACGGUCUUCCCUCGCUAUUGCGUCAGCUGGAUGGUGUCUAGUGGUAUGCCAGACUUCCUGGAGAAGCUUCACACCGCUGCUCUCAGAGCUAAAAACAUGGAGUUCAGUGUCAAAGACUACGUCAGCGUCGUAAAGCCUACCCAACCCACACAAGACCGACUAGGAGCUGACAACACUCACACUAGAGGCCCAAGCCAGAUCUACGCCUGAGCGUCUGGCUGUGGCGAUUGAUGUACUGUGGCAAAAUGAACUUGAUCUACAUAUCUGUUUUGUUGUGGGGUCAUUCAUUGAAGCAACAAAGUGAUCCGAACCAUCGAUUCCCAAAAUUAAUUUAUGCCAUUUGACCAACUGCACUAGCUGUCAAACUGAGCGCUUGCAUCCCUCACUUUUUGUGCUGUUAGUUUACAUCCUUUUUCUGUAGGGUGCAUCUAUCUGAGAUGAGCCAAAAUAACGCCGUUAUUAAUCAUAGACGCUCAUGCCAAAGCAGUAUUUUACUGCGCAUUUCUGUAUCUCACAAUCAUCGGAAUAAAUCAUGCAGUUGAAAUGUGGAAAAACAUCUGGAGAACAGUGUACACACCCUACAAGCUUCAAGUUCAGGAAAUUGCUUCUGCAAAGCCAUGUAUUUGUACUAUCUUCUUUUUUUGUGGUUCUUUUCUCCAGCUUAUACUGUGGUGAACUGCUCCCGGCAGAACCGGAUCGACUCCCCAUAGUCCUCAUUUACUGUGUUGAAUGUUUAUUGCCAGUAAAACCCAAACAGCCUUCAUGGGAUCACCAAAACCUGCUCUGGAAACAAAAGAGAGGCGUGUCUUAUGUGAACCGCAACAUCCUCACGAACUGGCUGGACUUCCUCCUGCGCUCUACACGGCUAUUUGAAGUCGAAAACAUCUUUGGUAAUCUGAACUCCAGCAAAUGAGGAUGCUAUGAGAGACAGUUUUGCUCACUGAAUCCAUAGUGUGAUGGAAGUAGAAGGAUGGAUUUAGUGCAAGUGCAAAUAAUAAUGGGGAUUUGUGUGUGUUUGGCAAUUCACUUUAAUGGGAUUGUCUGUAUUAUGUUUAUACUAAAAAAAAGGAUGUGGUAGUCAAGCUUGGCUUGUUAAAUGCAGAUUGUACACUUUGAACAUCCUGAGCACAUAACCUAAAUCAUCAAGUUUCUGGUCUCCGUCCUAUCAUUUCAUACUGAUGUUUUUCAACAUCGCAGUGAAGCUACUGAUACAGUAGCACUUCGUUUUGCUGAGUGGAGAAAAAAGUAUGCUAAUCGUCUGAGGAAAUGCAAAGCUACUUGCAUGUUGACUAGUUUCUUUUCAUGGUUUCUGCUGUGGGACAAUUAAAAUGAAAGCAGAUCUAUUGAAUUCCAAGGUGAAAUGUUACUAGGUGGAUAUGUGAAAAAUAUACUGAAUAAAUAUGACAUCUUCAUUUGAAUGAAGCACUUGAUGGGGACAUUUUCUUGAAACAUCCAUUUCCUGUGUUGCAUAAUGCAUACGUUGUGUUACUGGUGUGGUAACUAAACUUGCAGUGGAAUUAUGUUUCACUUGAAAUGUGAUUGGUUCCAAAUAAUGCAUCCAUAUACCCAACCAUGUGACUUUUCGCUUUUGAAAAUCCAUUCUGUUCGCUCUUAUAUGUAAUGAAAUUGUUAAUUCCCCCGGUUGUUUGUAUUGUGUUCUUGUUUUGUUUUUUUUUUUUUUAAAUUCAAUUAUAAUACACUUGUCACACCAGGUUCAUAAAAAUAUGUAUUUGUAUUUUUAACACUGAUAACUCCAACCUGUUUACAUUCUGGUGUGUUUAAGUUAAAAAGGCUUCAAAAAUACUAUUUUUGUCUUUGUUUGUUUUGUUUUGUUUAUUAAAAAAAUCAACUGCUCUGUCA